GUCAGAGCUGGGCAUCAUUUAAUAGAAAGUUGAGCUUUUUACCGACAUUUAGUGUUUUUUGAAGUGGUGGGUGAUUUAUCUAGAGUGUGUGGGAAUGGCGGGAGAAAUGUCUAUGAUUGGUUCAGUGAUCCUGGCCUUGUUCCUGGCGGGUUAUCUGGGGCAGCAGUUUUUACCUCCCCCCAAACCCAAAGUGAUCGGCCUGGACCUGGGCACCACUUUCUGCUCGGUGGGUGUCUUCCUCCCGGGUAGGGGAGACGUAGAGGUGAUAGCAGAUGAAGAGGGGAGGAAGAGCAUCCCCAGCACCGUCUCCUUCACGACCACUGCGGUGCUGGCCGGACAUGAAGCCGUGGAGCUGGCAGACACCAACCCCCAAAACACCGUAUACGAUGCCAAGAGGUUCAUCGGGAAGAUAUUUGAGCCGGAGGUCCUGGAGCAGGAGAGCGCCCGGUACCCGUUCAAGGUGAUGAACAACAAUGGAAGUGCAGAGUUCGUGAUCUCCACCAACCAGACCUUCACGGUGAGCCCAGAGUUCAUCGGCUCCAGGCUGCUGCUGAAAAUGAAGAAGAUGGCCGAGCAACAGCUGGGCGUGCCCAUCCAGAAGGCCGUCAUCUCAGUGCCCGCAGAGUUUGACGAGAGACAGAGGAACUACACAGUCAGAGCCGCCAACCUCGCUGGCUUGGAGAUCCUGCGAGUGAUCAAUGAGCCCACAGCUGCAGCCAUGGCGUACGGCCUUCACAAGGUUGAUGUGUUCAAUGUGCUGGUGGUGGAUCUCGGAGGAGGAACCCUGGACGUGUCUCUGCUCAACAAACAGGGAGGCAUGUUCCUCACCAGAGCCAUGGCAGGAAACAACAAGCUGGGAGGUCAGGACUUCAGCCAGAGGAUGCUCCAGUACACCACAGAGCGAGUCCAGCAGGAGUUUGGUGUCCCUGUCACUCUCAAAGAAGACAUCCACCGCCUCCGCCAGGUUGUGGAGGCGGCCAAGCUCAAUCUCACCCUCCAACCCAGUGCCUCCAUCAGGGUGCGCCUGCACCUCCACACCCACGAUGGCUCCAAGUCACCUGAGGGCUCCGCUCCAGCACCAGUUCUCUUCCAGUCUGUGAUCACUCGCGAGCUCUUCGAGAAGCUUAACGAAGACCUGUUCCAGAAGAUACUGGCUCCCAUCGAGACCGUGUUAGCCGAAGGCCACUUGCAGAAAGAGGAGGUGGAUGAGAUUGUGCUGGUUGGAGGGUCCACCAGGAUACCCCGCAUCAGGAGGCUGAUCAGCGAGUAUUUUGGGAAGGAGCCGAACACAUCAGUGGACCCUGACCUGGCUGUGGUUACAGGCGUGGCCAUCCAGGCUGGUAUCAUGGGCGGCUCCUGGCCAUUACAAGUCAGUGCUAUAGAAAUCCCCAACAGACACUUACGCAAGACGAACUUCAGCUAAUUUAAAGUUUAUUUAUUGAGAUCAACAGGAUGUUACAGAGACUCACCACUGAUUUCUAACUGUUUCAUGCUUCUUUAAUGUGCAUCAUGUAUCUGCUGAGAUGAGAAGUACGUGACAAAAGAAACUGUCACCACCACCGCACAGUCAUCUGCAUGAACAAGACCGUUAAGUUUUUCCACUGUCAAAACUUUGAAGUCUUAUCAUAUUUUUCAUUGUUAGUAAAAGAUGGUGGUAACAAAAAUCCCCCCACAUAUUUAAACUUAGAGAUAAAGUCUUCAGAGGUGAACAGUCCUGUUUCCAUUCUUAAAGUGACAGCUGCUUUUGUUACGCUCGAACCUUCAGGAGAUAUAACAGAGUGAAAUCAUGAUGAAAUGUGAAUGAGACGCAUCAUAGAUAAUGAAAUCCUUCAGUGAUGUUGAAUUCAGGGAACAGCCACUCUUUAUGAGGACUUCAAACCUAGCCAGUACAUCUUCAGCUAUUUAUUUAUUUAUUCCCGUUAACUGUAUGGCUGUUUGUGAGUGUGUGUGUGUGUGUGUGUGAGUAUGUGUGCAGGUGUUUUGCAGGCCUUUAAUGUAUUGUACAUCUUUCUAUCAAAGGUUAACACACAGUGUGCUUGUGCCUUUUCAGAAAGCUGCUAUAUUGUUGAAAUUGAAGCGUAGAGGUGAACUACUGCAAGACUGAGACUGUAAUCCAGGUCCAUGUGACUGAGGUGACUUUAUGUCCACUAGAGGUCACUUGAGACCUAAGUGUCAAUAUAUGCACAGUUAAUUUAAAACACAUGCAUUGCAAUAUAGACUUCUCGCCUCAUAAAUAAGAUAUUCUGAUGAGGUGCAGAACAGAUGAUGGUGCGUGUUGGGGAAAGCCUUAAUGUUCACACAGUACUGUAACUCUGUAAUCAUUUAGCAUUAUCCCUCCAUUACACUGAAUCCAGAUUAUUUGCCUCAGACAGAGGGAGGUGCACUCAGCACUUUGUGGAUUUCCACUUGUUGGCCAACUACACAUUUUUUUGUGCAAUAGUGUGUUCAUGUGUCAUUUUAAUGGCAAAUGACUCACUCGCUUCAAACAUUUGUGCAGCAUAUCAAAGGUUAAAUAAAAGCAAGUGUGCUUAUGCUGCCGGAGGUGGAGAAGGUCGACUCUGGACGUCUCACAGAAGGACCAAAGCUUUUGCUUCCAGGUGCCUUUGUGUAUUUGAUAUUAAGAAUUGUGUUACUGUCACAUUCAGGAUGUUCUAUGGACCGGAUGUACAGUUUACUUUGUGGUUGACAGACUUGUUCACUUACUCAUGUGUUGGUGGACAAAUGCUGUUCAGAGAACAGUAUAGAAGUUAAUUUCCAUUUCUAUUCCAAAAAGUCUCUUUGUUCAUUAGAGAACAUUAAACCCAGAUGUGUGUGUAUAUGUCUGAAAGCAUCUAUUUUCAACCAAGAACUCAAAGUAUCUACAUUCCAUUAAAAGUGUCACUUGUUGUUUUUACCAAACAUGAUAGAUGAGUAGAUGUACUUCUACUUCUUUCAAAUGAGGAAUUUCUCAUGUUGGAACUGAUAUCUUCAUGUAAUUGAGCAUUCAGUUCAGCUGAAGCUCAUUUGUUUGCCUUUCAUACUGUACAAAUCAGUCUGUGGAAAUGGGGAGAAAACACCCCAUGUGACUAGAAUCUAUUUUUGUAUCGCAAGGUUUAUUCAUUGUCAGAGUCUAGCCACCUUAAAAAAAAAAAAACCAUGAGGAAGUUUAACUCUUUGGACCUGCUAUUAAGCCUAUUAAAAUUCUGCUUCUCAACUUC